UUGGGGGGUUCACAAAAAAUACUUCCGUCUGAGCAAUGCACUAUUUACGUUCUGAUCAUUAAAAGAAGUCUGCGUGUACUCGUAAUUAAUCACAGUUAUUUGUGUACUAGCUCCAUUUAGAUGUGGUAUUAUCUGAAAAUUUCAUCAAUGCAAAUCUGAAAGCGGUCAGUUAGCUACAAUUUAAAUAAACAGCAACAUACAAUGUCAAAUUUCAUUGCGCUGCAAACCCAGUUGUCCUCGGUUAUGGAGACCCUUGUUCACGCGGCGGUGGCAGAACUGGGUAAACUUGUAGCGGACAGUUCUGUCUUCGUAUUCAGCCUGGAACUGACUCAGGGGCAUAGCGCGGAAGGCGAAUUAUCGGAAAAACUGCAGACAGAAAGUCAGACUAAGAUGACACACUUUGCUGCAAUCAUGGAGGUACUGGGCAAUGAAGCAUUGGGUAAAAUUAUGAAAAUUGUGGAUGAUACAAAAUUUUGGGUCGACUUUAAACCCAGACCUCUCAAAGGUCAUAGAGGGAAAAAAGCCAAUCCACAAGCAAGCAUCUUAAAUAUUCUCUCAGUUGGAGGAAUGGCAGAGGAACAUUCUUAUGGUGGAACUGGUAAAACUGCAACACAAACUCUUUCAAUGGAGUCGACAGAUUUGAAGGAAGUGGACACACCAGAAUAUCCCCUCGUUUUGGCUGUCUCUGUUAAAGACGAGCAUGGGCAAAUAGACCUCGGGGCCAUUGCAGAGAGAGCUGUGGAUGAUGCUUUUGCAGGAAGAUCCUCAGAACAUCAGUACGGCAUGAGUAGCGACCACCCCCAGGAAAAUCCUACCGACGCCCUAUUGGAGACUUUGUUCACCCAAAAGAAGCUCUUCAUUUGCACGGAGUGUGGGAAAAGUUUCUCUACGCAGAGCAACCUCAAAUCCCACCAGCGUCUUCACACGGGCGAAAAGCCGUUCGUGUGCAUGUUCUGCAACAAAGCCUUUGCCCACAAACAGAGUUGUAAUGAUCACAUCCGCAGCCACACCGGCGAGAAGCCCUUCAUAUGUAGUGUGUGUGGGAAAUGCUUCGGCAAGCAGGCUCACCUGAAGACCCAUUCAAUUAUCCACACGGGGGAAAAGCCCUACAGCUGUGGUGUUUGUGGCAAGAGCUUCAACCUGGCUCAAAACCUGUCCAGACAUCAGCAGAUACACACCGGUGAGAAGAUCUUCACCUGUUUGCUCUGUGGCAAAGGUUUCACGCGCGCUGUAACACUCAAAACCCAUCAGCUUAUUCACACUGGACAGAAGCCUUUCAAAUGCAGUCAGUGCGAGAAGAGUUUCCGUCACGCUGUCAAUCUUAAGAACCACCAGCGGAUUCAUACAGGUGUAAGGCCGUUUAGCUGUGACUUGUGCGGGAAGACAUUCCGUCAGUCGGUGAAUCUGAAAAUACACAAGCGCAUCCACACUGGAGAAAGGCCGUUCAGCUGCACGGAGUGCGGUAAAACCUUCAGUCAGCAGAGUAGUCUGAUCUCCCAUGGACGCACCCACUCUAAUGAGAAGCCUUUCGAGUGUAGCUUCUGUGAGAAAAGGUUUAACAACGCAAACAGUUUGAAGCUGCACCAGAGAAUCCACACAGGGGAGAAGCCAUACAGCUGUGAAAUCUGUGGGAAGACCUUCAGUCAGGGCAGUCAUCUCCGAACACACAAGAGGCAUGUCCAUGCAGGAGGGAAACAGUAUAUCUGUGAUAAAUGUGGAAAGAGGUAUUCAGACAAACGGAAUCUUAAGAUGCACAAAUGUGUUUAUGCCUCAACCUAACACAGUGAUUGGGAAACUGUUUCUAUCUGUGAGAGGCUGUUGUUCUUUGCUUUGCAAUUUUUAUGCCUGUUUGUCUGUUCACCAGACAUGGUUCUGAUGGAGGUCCUUCAAGACUGGCUUUUCUAGGGAUACCCCUUUAACUUAAUUUUUGCCUGAGCAAAGUGAAUGGUUUACUGUGGAAUAGGAGUUUGGCACUUGAGCUAUUUUUCCUAUUUUUCUUCCCUUUUUACAAUUGUGAAAUUGUAAACACAUAAACCAAAUGGCUAUUUAUAUUGUUGUAAUAUUAGUGUAUUCUGUAUAUAAUACAACUUUGUUAAAUAUAUUUCAAUUCAAAUUAGGUGAAAGCUAGCAUUUUGCAGCCUCCAAUGUAUUGCUCUCAUUUGUAAACAGCCCAUGAACUGAAUCUGGCUGAAGUUGGGCUUUAAACAAUUACAGUUAUGUCUUGUUAUAACAAAGUACUUGGCUGUUUAGUCUGUUCUUUCAACUUAUUUGUCUUUAAUGUAUAGAUCACAAUUUGUACACGUUUCAUAAAGUUGUUUUUCCAGAGACCUGAAUAUUCAAUUGACAAUUUCUUUUUUUAAAGCCUUUUUUUAUUUAAGAUACUUUAUCUAAAUUAAAAUUGCUAAUUAGUAUCAUUAGUAAGGGGGAACAAAUUGGUUCAAAACAAUAAGUUAAUUACUGGAAUGUAAUCAAUAGAAACAUGCAAUGUUGCAAGGUUGGGAUUUAACAUCUGUAAACUUUAUGGUUUACAUUCAAAUGGAAAUAAUACUACCAUGUUGCCUUAUUUGCCCAAAUCACUGGCUAUUUAUAAAUAAAUGGUUAACUCAGUUGAAAGUUGUUUUGCUUUUAAACUUAUGGAUGCUAUUUGUUUUGAUUUAUUAGUUUUUGUCACAUUUUAUUGUUUCUAGUUCCUUUUCUGUUAAAUGUAUGUUAUGAAGGGGACAAAACACAUAUAGAAUAGUGCUGGCUGUUUAGAAGAGUUGGACAUUUGAUCUGUUCAGAUGGGUAUUUCACCAUUACAGUAUUUAACCAGGUCAAUUGAGAACCAUUUCUUAUCUGGCCAAUAAGUGCAAUUACAAGAUGGGACAUCAUAAAUAAUGUACAAAUGAACAUUCUUUACGAAUGCAAAUUACACUAUAUAAUGUCAGAAAUGGGUAAAUAUGCUGCUUUGUUGGUGCACUCUUAAGAACAUCUGAUUAAAGUGUAAACUCUG